GUCCCGAUCCAUGUGCACCAUCGUCUUGUAGCGUAAAGCACCAAAAAAAGAACCCUCUGCACGGUCGUCUUGUUGGGCAACCCGAUUAGAGGCAUUUCGUUCUUUGAUUUAACCAGAGAGAUCGGUUCAAGAAUCAUCCAAGGAGUAAAAAUGAAACGUGAUCUAGCGCUCGCACACGAUUCUGUCCAAGGCAACGAGAAGAGCGCGCGUCGAAAAGCUGAUGAUGCCAGUGCGUCUAGCUCCUCCGCCGCUUCGACGGGCAGUGACAGCUACGAUGUGUUCUUGAGCUUUAGUGGUCAGGAUACUCGCAAAACCUUUGCGGAUCACCUCUACAAUGGCCUCUUCGAUGCCAGCAUCCGCGUGUUCAGAGACAACAAUGAGCUUCGCGAAGGUAAGAAGAUCGGCACCAACCUUCUCCAGGCCAUUAAGAAUAGUAAAAUCUCGAUCCCGAUUCUCUCUCAGAACUAUGCUUCGAGCAAAUGGUGCCUUCAAGAGCUCGUUGAGAUGACAGAGUGCAUCAAAAGCGGGCACGUUGUUUUGCCCAUAUUUUACCGUGUUGAACCGACCGAUGUGCGAAACCAAACAGGGAGCUUUGGAGAGGCUUUCUCCUGUUUAAGUAGGAAGUAUCCGGAAGAUGUUGAGAAAUGGAAAGUAGCACUUCAAGAAGUGGCUUCCCUAAAGGGAUGGGAAUCGGAGAAAACUGCUGACGGCCACGAAGGAGAUCUGGUGAAAAAGGUUGUCAGAAAAGUUUUGAACGAGUUAAAGGAGGCCUUUCGGCUGGAUGUGACCAAACAGCUUGUUGGAAUCGAUAAUGCUGUGGAGGAUGUCUUGAGAUUGCCGGAUGAUAACUCUAGUGCUACCCAAAUUGUCGGUAUUUAUGGAAUGGGGGGCAUUGGUAAGACAACUUUAGCCAAGGCCGUCCACAAUAAUCUCUCCAACCAAUUUCAGUAUCGUAGUUUUAUUGCAGAUAUUCGAGAAUCCUCGCGAUGCAAAGGCAUUUUUUAUUUGCAGAAUCAAUUAAUACAUGAUCUGAAAGAGAAAGACCAAGCGUGUAAUAAGGAUGAAGGAAUCAGCCUCUUGGGAUCUAGAUUUAAACGUAAGAAAGUCCUAAUUCUUCUAGAUGAUGUGGAUGAUAUCGAACAGGUCAGAGCAUUGGUUGGGGAAUAUGACUGGUUUGAGAUGGGAAGUAGGAUAAUAAUCACCACGAGAAGCAGGUCUGUUCUUGAUAAAGCUGAGGUAUGCAAGUACGAACUUGAGGAAAUGGCUGAGGAUGAAUCUUUGGUAUUGUUUAGUAGACAUGCCUUUAGAAGGGACUCUCCUCCGUGUGAAUUUGAGUCGCUCUCUCGUGCAGUCGUGUCCACUACCGGAGGGCUUCCCUUAGCUCUCGAAGUUAUAGGUUCGUUUUUGUGUGGGAAAGACCGAGCUUUUUGGCAAGACGCGUUAAAGAAGUUACAGAAAGUACCACAUGAGGAAGUGCAAGAGAAGCUCAGGAUAAGUUAUGAAGCGUUAAACUAUGAGGAAAAACAGAUAUUUUUGGACAUUGCUUGUUUCUACGUUGUUGGAAUCGAUGUAGAUGAUAUUGGAAGGGAUGUAGAUGAGGUAUCACACAUUUGGGAUGCUUGUAAUUUUUUUCCGAAGAUGGGGAUUGAAACAUUGAGUUUUAUGUCACUAAUAAAAAUUGAAGGUAAUCAUGUGCUGAAUAUGCAUGACCAACUGAGAAAACUUGGUAGGGAAAUUGUUUGUCAAGAAGAUUACAAUACGCCUAUGAAUCGAAGUAGGCUGUGGGCCCAUGAGGAAGCCUUGGAAGUACUUCAGACAAAUAAGGGAAUUGAAAAAGUUCGCGUUCAGGCCCUCGUUCUCAACGCAAUUGAGUCGCCGAAUGAAAUCACAACUGAGCAAUUGGAGACGCUACCAAACUUAAGGCUCCUUGAAGUGAGUUGUGCAAAACUGAUUGGAGAUUCCAAGUGCUUGCUUCCUAAGUUACGAUCGCUUUGUUGGAUGGGAUGCCCUGCAUUCGUGCCCACUCGUUUCCAUCUAGAGAAAUUAGUCAUACUUAAUUUACAACAAAGCGACAUUUCAGAGAUUUGGGAAGGUUGGAGUCAUCUCCAGGUGGCGAAGCAGUUGAAAGUUCUAAUUCUUAGGUAUUGCAAUAAUUUAAAAAUUACUCCUGAUCUCUCACCCUUCCGAAAUUUAGAGAUGUUAAACUUGUGUGGAUGUGAAAACCUAGAGAAAAUUCAUCCCUCUAUUGGAGAAGCCAGGGGCCUCGUUUUUUUAUUAUUGAUGGGAUGUAAGAAACUCUCAAAGCUACCGCAUGAAAUGGGCAAAUUGGAAGAACUGAAGGAGCUUCACAUAUGGGAGACUGCUAUACAGGAAAUUCCUGCAUGUGUAGGUUCUUUGAAGAAGCUGCAAUUGCUUGAUGCCAAGAAUUGCAGCUCAUUGGUUGCCCUUCCCGACUCAAUUAGCCAUCUGAUAAAUUUGUCGGACCUUAACUUGAGUGGUUGCUCCAGGUUAUGUACACUUCCAAAGAGCAUUGGAUCACUCGUAAAAUUGCGGUCCUUGUCAUUAAGCAGAACGGGGGUUUCAAUAGAUUUGCGGUUUGAUUAUUGUAUCCCUAACUCGAUUUGGAAGUUGGAAUGUUUGACUAUACUGAACUUGUCUUAUUCGGGCAUUUGUGAAUUAUCUAAAUCCAUCGGGGAUUUGAAAAACUUGGAAUUUUUGGAUAUUUCUCAUUGUGAGAAAUUGAGUAGUUUACCUAGUACUAUCGGCAAGUUGGGCAACCUUGAAGUAUUAGAUGCCUCAAAUUGCAAGAAUCUAGGAGGAGAAAUUCAUGUAGAUGGAUUGUCUUCAUUGGAGUUUCUUCUUUUAAGUUCAACAGGUGUUUCUGGCUUCCAUGGCACAUUCGAUAAGGUUUCUUGUCUUGUGCAACUUAUGUUAGAUGAUUGCCAUAUGCUUCAAUCAUUGCCGGAGCUUCCUACCUCUUUAAUAGUUUUGGAAGUCAGCGGUCAGCAUCGCACAUUUCCUCAACUUUGUCGUUUAAACCACCUGAGAAAGCUCACUGUUAAGGAUUGCCCAUUGUUGAAAUCCAUGCCGGAGCUUCCCUCAAGACUAUUGGAACUUUCUGUCCGCAAUUGUGGUGAGUUGGAAGAGUUACCGAGUUUGUCAAGAUUGGAAUUAUUGAUAGAAUUAGUUAUUGACUCGUGCGGAGAGCUGACAGAGAUUAGGGGUCUAGAGGGAUUAAAAUCCUUAGCAUCACUUAUUGUUCCUGAAUGCUCAAAGUUGUCCAACCUUGACGGCCUUGAACAUCUAGAAUCUUUGAGAGCGUUGCAUAUAUGGACAAGUGGUCCAAUAUUGAAAGAUGAUCAAGUUCGAGGUUUUGAAAAAUUGAAAAACUUGGAAAGUCUAGUUAUAGUGGGGUGUGAGUCCCUUGUAAGAGUGGACGUUUCGCAAUUAACACAUUUAGAGUGGUUAGAUUUUUGUGGAUGCUGUAAUCUACUCGAAAUUAAAGGCCUUGAGAGAUUGAAAAACUUGACAACGUUAAAUCUCGUGGGGUGCCCAUCUAUUGAUACAUUACCAGACCUCUCGUGCUUACAUAACCUGGGAUUUGUGAUUGUUGACAACCGCUCGAACAUCCCUGAUUUUCGGGGAGUGAGGAGAGCCAACUAUUUGGGCAACGAAUUGGCGCUAACCUCAGUAAAUUUUCUACGUCCGCCAAAUUUCAAAAGAUUCAUUGAAGUAAUGGGGGUCAAUCUCGCAUGAACUUCCGGAUAUCGCGGAGCUCCGAGACUCGAGGUGUCCAAACUCUAAAAAGGUGUUCAGCGAUGCAACUUAUCGGACGAGUCAAGAGGUACUUGGCCACAACGUCCGGAACGAUUCACGUUUCAUAAGAGAAGGAGGUCAAAGUUGAGAAAGCAGAGGAGAUCGAGUUCGAAAACAGCACACGCGGCAACGUCAUUCUUCGCGUCAAAUGCAGAUAAGUUGCACCAGCUCCUCCGGUGGGCGAUGAUGCUUCGAAGAGGCACGACAAGCAGGAACAAACCGCGAGUCUUUUUGUGUGGUGAAAAUUGCUGAGAGCUUAUUCAUUCACGAUUCUUGUUCAAAGGAGCUUUCGAAGGACGGGUUGCACAAAGUACUUGAAUCUGAUGAAGCCUCCGGUACAUGGGCUGUCUCCAAGAGUUACAGUGAAUGACGCCGUGAAGUUGCCCUCUCGGUCGAGUUGCUGCUGGAAUCGUCUCCGGCAACGGCAGGCUCUUCACUGAGGAUGGGGGAAGGGGUUUCGAGCGAGGCCAAAGCACCUGCCGGAAAAGAUCAAGUCGAGGACUCUGUCUACGGCGAUUGUUUUUAGCCAUAUCUUCUGCGGACAUCAUGACGCAGGGAAGCUAAUGGAGGAGGAUGGCAUGAUGCUUCGGAAAAAUCACUCUCUUGAUAAUGCCAAAAAGUCAUCGGAAUGCCUUCUAAG